GCGAGAUCAGUCGCUUUUAUUUCAUGAGAAUUUGAAUGUUAUUAUUGUAUCAUUAGUUAUACGUGUAUAUUAGAAGUGGCUUAUAUUCUUAUACGUUAAUAUUGAAUUAUCGUAAUAUUAAAUCAAGACAGUUUCUUAUUUUACAUUGCAUGUGCAUGUUGCUGGUUGUAAUUUCUACCAGUAAGAUUACCAAUGUGUGUGCCUUUGAUUGUCUAUUGAAUAAUUCAAAACUUCUUUCAUCUUUGCUAGUAUUUCAAUUUUGCAUGGGAAAAUCUUGUUCUUGGAGUCAGAUAAGAUUUGCAUAUCUUCAAAGUUCUUAGAUUACAGGAUUGCUUUCAGUUUACAACAAUGAAUAUCCCAAAUAUUAACUGGGGAGAGUACAAUGAUGAUGACACCGGUAGUUAUAGUGAUAGCUCAGAUUCUUUUGAUAAUGAAUCUUCAACAUCAGGUAUUAGUAAUGAUUUUGAAACAAAUGAAAAUUUAGAAAACUGUAAAAAGGAAUUGCAAAGAUUAUUGGAUAGUAGUAAGCCAAGUGACAAAGAAACUCUAAAAGUCAAAGUUAUAGAUAUAGUGAAAAAUGAUUCGAGAGUGUUAUAUAUGUAUUUGAUUGCAAAUAACUACAAAUUAGAAGUCUUGAACAACAAAGGUCAAACAGCACUACAUCUUGCAAUGUAUUAUGGAUAUGACGUUUUGAAGUUAAUUGUAGAAUUUCCAAAUUAUGUUACUGAUAAUCAUACUGAUUGUAAUGGACUUAAUUACUUACAUAUUGCAAGCUCUCUGUCUCAUGCAAAAUUAGUAAGUAGAUGUUUGAAAGCAGGUGUUGAUGUCAAUGCUCAGUUUCACACUGAUCCAAAAAAGGUGAGAAGUAAAUUUACACCCCUUCAUUUUGCUGCAAGUGUUAUGUUAGAUGAGUCAAGAAAAGUAAUCAAAUUGCUUUUGAAGAAUGGAGCAGAUAUAAAUGCUGUAGAUCAAAAAGGUAGAACACCACUGCACAUUGCAUGUCAAGUGUACGAAGAACUUUUUUUUUUUUCUGAAACACUGGGUAGCUGUAGUAGCUUCAAGAUUGUAAAACUUCUUUCAGAAAAUGGAAGUGAUUUAAAUGCAAGAGAUAGCAAUGGUAACACACCUUUGCUUAGUAUUGUACCUGAUAAUUACAAUUAUUUUGGGUUUUGUUUGGAUGAAGAUUCAAAUUCUCUGCCAUACAUUGAAAUUCAAAAGAAACUUAAGUAUUUUUUGAAAAAGGAUGUUGAUUUCAUAGCAGUUAACAAUGAUGGCAAUAAUAUUUUACAUUGCAUAAUUGAAAAUUUGAAACUAUCACGGUAUCUACAGAAAGAUUCAGUUGAUUUUUCAUAUGACAUUGAGUUUGCUAAAAUGAUCAAGCAAAUUCUUAAAGCUAAGAAAGGAAUCAAUGUCAAUGCUAAAAAUUGUUUCGGUGACACUCCGUUGCAAUUAGCAGUAGCAUUAAUGAGCCUUGAUGUCAUUGAAGUUCUCCUACAGCACAAUGCUGAUGUAAACAGUUUGACUUUUAGUUACAGUGAUCAAUAUUGCUUCUGUUGUCCUACUUAUAUUCCCAGUCUAGAUGUAGUUAAGCAAGUAAUAAGCAUUAUCAAGAUACUUAUGAAGAAUGGAUGGAAACUUACUUUUCAAGAUAACUUAAUACUUAUUAAAUUUCUGGUACAUGAUGUUACGGAUUGUGAGUGUGGAAACACUUUGUCGAAUAAGUAUGAAAUGAAUAUAAAUAUAUUGAACCUUAUGGAUUUUGCUUGUGCUAAGCAUUUUGAAGAAUAUUUUGAUAAAGCUAUGAAUGCUUUGUUAUAUUAUAACUAUACUGCCAAACAGUAUUUAGUUAAAAAAGUUUCCAAAGCAUUAUAUUACAGAAAAAGAUAUAACUUGUAUAUGGAUGAAAGAAUAACUGAUAUUAUAAAGAAGCAUCUGUUUAGACGUUCCAUUUCUAAAGAAUCAGAUCCCAAUUCCAUAAUUGAUGACAUAGUGCGUAUGAAAUAUAUCAAACUGGAAGGUAAUAUGACAUUAUACAAUGUGAUGGUAAGACAUCCUCACACAAUUUAUAGAUAUAUUAAAAAUCACAACUUUAAUAAAAUCACAGAACACUUUACAUACUUAGAAAUCUUACUUAUGGUGAAGGGACAUGUAGCCAAGUCUUUGGUCAGACACCACAUUGAAAAGGUGGCUGUUCAAUAUUUAAGAAUCUUGUUCAUGCCAUUUAUUCCAGUUCUAUGUUGUAGACAGAUUUUGAGUUUCUUGAGCAAUACAGAUAUUGUAAAUAUGUGUUCUGCUGCAGUUCUUGAGGAAUUGAUUCUAACUGGAGCGUUUUUCAUGCCUAUAGAACUACGUCAAAGUAUAGUUAGGAAAAGUACCAAGAAUAGGCCAACAAUGGCGUUUGCUUUUGCUGCAGCAUGGCGUAGUGCCAACGCCAUUCGUUAUCGUCAAGAUCUUUACCAAGCAGUGGAAAAUCGAGAUAUGGAAGGAAUGUUCACAGCAAUGCACAACGGCGCUAAGUGGAUAUUCCCGGAUCAAUAUGGCGAGACAGUUUUACACAUGGCAGUGAAGAAAUGCUGCACUCAGCCUGGCGAACAGCAGAAAAUAAUCAAAAUUUUAGAAUGGUUCUUGAAUAAAAAAGUGUUGAAGGUGGACGUAAGAAGUCGAGCUGGCAAAACAUCCUUGCACAUGGCUAUUAGAAACAGAAUGGACGAGGUGGUGGAUUAUUUGAUUGGUCGUGGCGCCAGUCUGGAUGUCCGCGAUGAGCGUGGCAAUUACAUAGCACACUGCAUGGUCGAAGACGAGUUCGAGAGAUUCUUCAAGCUGUGCCGUCAAGUGGGCACUCCGUCCGAGCGGCGCGCGUUCGAAAGGGAAGCCGUUCACUUUUUCGAGUGGAUGCUGUCGAAAAAUAUAAAAAUCAAUUGCAUCAACAAAAACCGAGAAACUCCUCUUCAGUUGGCGGUCAAGCGAAAUUUGCUACACAUACUGCCAAUUCUGUUGUCGUUCUCGCAAGACGUCAGCUAUUUAGACUCCGAGAGGAGAACUGUUUUGCACAUUUUCAUCGAGACAAUCAAGCGUUGCGAUCAUACCGAUGUGCAUCGAACGUCCAAUGUAGCGGGAGUCCCGACUCGUUGUUAUGAUAAAUCGCUCGUCGUUAAUGUCUUAAAAUUGCUGCUUAACAAAGGGUUUUCCGUCAAUUCGGUCGACAUUAGAGGCAACACACCGCUGCACAAUGCAGCAAUGCGAGACAGACCGGAGAUAAUCGAAAUGAUGCUGAAGCGAUUUAAAAAUGUCAAUACCACGAACAAUCGAAGGGAGACUGUACUGCACGUCAUCGUUGACAAUUCGAUCGACCACAUUAACAAGCAACACAAAGAAGAGUACGUGAAAUUUGUGCGUACUUUGCUGUCAAAGGGAGCGAACAUCAACAAGGUGAACGAAGACGGCUACAACGCCGUGCAACUUGCGAUAAUGCGAAUACAUCCGAGGAUACUGCAAAUGUUGAAGAACUAUGGAGCGAAAUUCAACGAGCCGUACAAUGGAGGAAACUUUUUGCAUCUCUUUAGUCAGAAAUCCAAUAAAAAUCUGAACGUCAAGAAUUACGAAGAGGUUGUUGGUUUACUAGUGAGCGGAGGGUGCGACGUGAAUGCCAAGGACAAUGAAGGCAUGACACCUUUACAUUGGGCAGCUCAGUCGUGCAGGAAUGCCGUAAUUAUAGGACUCGUGAGGAAUGGCGCCAAUGUGGAUUCAAGGGACUUGAAUCCACGUCGGUUCACGCCGUUGCAAAAAGCUGUGGACGUCAAUUGCGAAUACUCUCUGGACACUCUGGUUAAUUCUGGUGCUGACGUGAAUGCCAGAGAUUCACGAGGUCAAACUGCACUUCACAUAGCGACGCGUCACACGACUGGCUUGGUCAAAAUACUCCUGAGGUUAGGAGCGCACGUUGACGUUGAAGACGACGAAGGCCUUCUGCCAUUGCACUACGCUAUUAGAAGAGAAAAUAGCGUAGCCGUUAUGGAACUGUUGAAAUUCAGUGCGGACAUUAAUGACGCUGAAACUUAUGUGGAACUGGUUCAUUUAGUCGAUCCUGGAUACGUGCUCUUCUGCAUACUUGAUCACUGGAUCAAGAUGAAGGCUGCUGGUUUGCCCAUCACUCAGUGCUAUAGGUCUCACGUUGCCGAUGAUACUUUUCAAGAAUCCUUUCACGAAUGUUUGAUGGAGGUCGAAGCUCUGAAAGCUUACAAAAUUGGCGAACGCGCGACGCUCUUCGACUUAUUGCAUAUGGAUUGGAAUUUCAGAUGUGCCUAUAUAAUUAGCAAGCAUCUCAAAGAGCUCGUUGACUCGCCAACGUUAGAAGCUCAGUUUCCGAAAUACCACGUAUUGAUAAUGGCUAGUUAUCACGAUGCUGUUGCCAGGCAACCAUUACUCGAGCCAGCUAAACGUGCUUGGUGCGAACUCACCAAAAUCUUGUUGCCGGAUGUUUGCAUUUAUCAAAUUCUGUCACAUCUAAAGAACAGAGAUCUCAGAAUAAUGAUCGAUGGUUUGAAGGACAGGAGCUUCAGAAAACCAUGUCGAUUGUUGCUCAACAGCUCGAUGAAGUUGCGCCAGAAGCGAUUACCGUUGCCGCCUUAAACACAUUAUUAAACACACAAUUUUUUUUAGAAAUAAACAAUUCAGUAUUGCUGUUGCUUAAUAAAUGCAAUUGACAGAAAUACAAAAUCGAUAAGAUUUACGUUCCUAAUAGUACCUUCAAAUUAAGAUUUGUUUUCAUUUUGGUUUCAUGCUAACUUUGAAGCAAUGAAAAGACAGAAAGAAGUGAUAAUCAUGAAAGUGGUAAUACAGUGAUAUUUUAAAUUAAAAAAAAGGCACAGAGAUGAUAUAGUACAAACGAAUUGUUAGAAAAUCCAGGUACUGUGUGAAUGUUGUGAUAAUGCAAAAAUACCAAAUUAUAAAAAUGUAAUUAUAAUUUAUGUUUGAUUCUGACUGUUGUGAUACUUGUGAAGUCUCAGAAUAUUCUUAAGCAUAUCAAAAAUUUUAAUUUUCUAAAUCUAGUUAUGAGCAAGCUUACAGGGAACUUUUAGUUUUCUAACUUUAGAUGGAAUAUCUUCUAAUAAUACCAAUAAUAAUGUGAUUUAAUACUUUCAUUAUUUCAUGUUUCUUUGAAAGCUAUACAAACGCAAACGUCUCUGAGACGACAUAGCUUUCUAUAAAAAUAUUUCUACUUCUAUGUGAGUGUCUUGCCAAAACUGUUAAACGGCUGCAAAUUCUAUAAGCGCGUUUGACUGCUUUUUCUAUUCUUGUAAGUUUAUGAAAUUCAUAAAAUUUCUAAAUAAUAAAUAUUUGUACAUUGUUACUAUUGCAUCGCGAUGUCAUUAUUUAUGUGGUAUGAUAAAACAACAGUGAAGCUUGAAUUAUGCUAUUCUAAAUAAUUAAACGAAAGCAUUUAUUUACAUAAUGAUUUUAAUGCUGUUAUACUCAAGUAUAACUGUAUUCGAAUCAAAACUUAAAUUCAUUAUAAAUGGCAAUUGCAUUGAAAAAUACAUAGGCCAAAAAUAUCGAAAUGUUUAUAAUCGGACAAAUGAAGUAAUCGUUCAAUAAUUUUUUAUAUGCAAUACUGAUUUUUACAGUAAACAAAUUAGGCACGUUUUAGCUUUUUAUACAUGAUAUUUUUGUGUGUUCGAAUUAAGUGUAAAUUUUACUUGUAUUUUUAAUGUUUUAAAUAAAUUAUUAAGAUAUAAGCGUCAUUGAUACCUGUAAUUGAUAGCUACCUAAACAUACCAACUCAAAUUUAUCACUUUGCUAAAGUCACUCAGUAUGCAUAAAAAUGUCAUAUCAGUUUUGCACAAUCAACUAUCACUAAAGUUCUCAAUUAUUUUCGUGUACAUAUCCUCCAAGUUAUCAUUUCAUUGUAUAAGUUUUUUAUUUGGUCGUUCCUGUUUUCCAUCGGUGUAAAAGAUAUAU